AUGGACGGAAAUAAAGCAGUUCAAUAUCUGGACUCAUUGAUCGGUCGGACGUUACGAGUGCACGCGACAGAUACGCGCAUUUUCGUGGGUACCUUCAAGUGUACGGAUGCGGCACGAAAUAUCAUCCUUGCCAGCACCUACGAAUACCGCUUCCCUUCCCCAUCUACUGUUCGAGACGCCGCCACGGGUACGCAUGAUUCAGCCGCCGGUAGCGCAGUCGACGCCCAGAGCAUCAAGGUGGAUAUGACGAGUCGAUUCAUCGGUCUUGUGAAUGAAAAUGGCGGGACGCCGUUUUUCUAUAAUUCCGUCUACCAAGUUGCGCUACGAACAUCUCGAAAGCUGUACACCGCUCGGCCCCAGCUUUCUCAUAUUAAGGAUUUGGCGGGCGGUCAUAGGGUGACCAAUGAUGGUCGUCGGGGAGGUACUGAAAUCGACUGGACAAAUACACCUAUUAGCGCCGAGUCAAAAAGGCGGACUCUGCAUAUUCACCUGCGCAGUAAUCCCAUUCAGUGUCACACAUGCCAUGGUUGGAAUCUUUUACCCGCAUCAGCUAGACUGCAACGCAGGCCAAGGCACAUCACCCAAAACAUGCCCACCACAACUAGAGGGGGCUUGGCAGCAGAAGCCAUGAUCAUGGCCAGGCUGAGCUGGGUUUGGAGAUGGAAAUGGCGACCGACGAAUUCCCUCAAGGAAUUGUCGGGAGCGCUCGGAGCAUCUGAGAGGCUGACAGUCGGUGAUCAUCCGAAGAUAAGUGGUGCGUCCGGCUUUCCAGGCUGGAUUGAAAUCUGUAUGCAUGGUUGCAAGCGCGAGGAACCUAUGAUGCCCUGA